AUGAAUGGAGUAACAUGCACUUCUGAAACUGAUAAAGCUACUGCACUUGGCAAUUUUUUUGCCAGUGUUUUCACCAAGGAUGCUGACCUUCCGUUCUUACAAACAAAUUCCGAACCUGUUCACUGCCCAUGCAAUGACCUCUACUUUACCCCUGAUGAGACAAUUUUUUUGCUUUAUAAAAAAUGUGCUCGCUCGCUUUCGCGACCGCUUGCUCUUUUAUUCAACGCAUCAUUCAUGCUGGGCGAGGUUCCUGAGAUCUGGAAGGAUGCUCUAGUGACAGGGAUUCCAAAGGUGGAUGGAGCCGUCUUGGUAUCGGACUUCCGCCCAAUUAGUAUUACUCCAACACCUGUCAAAGUGAUGGAAAAGAUUAUUCGAAAGAGGCUUGUUGAUUGGUUACUAAAAAAUAAGCUUAUUCCACACGUGCAGCACGGUUUCCUUCCGGGCUAUCAACUGUAA